AACACUUCAAGGCAUUUAGAGAGUGUAUAGUGUGCAGUGUUUCACAAGUAAGUCCAUUUCCUGUCUCCUCUAUUGUUUUCAGCGUGAUUAAGUGUAUCCUGUUAAACUGUAUAUUCCUGUGAGGGCUGCGACUUCACUCUGAUAAAAGGAGGUUAUGCACACAGUGUGUUCUUUUUUUUGUUUGUUUGUUUUGUUUUGUUUUUUAAUUUCAUUGAGAUCUCAGGGAUGAAGUCUGGAGAAGUGACUUAUCAGUAGGAAGAGAGCUGGGCUCUCUUCAGUGGUGGCCCUUGUGUUGAGAUAGAGCAGUGAGCAACGGGGUGUCAUUAGGAAUGUCACCCUGAUGAGGCCAGAUUCCUCCAGCAACGUACCAAAGGACUGGAUGAUCUGUGAUGGCCCUUCCAACCCGAUAUUUUGUGAUUCCAUGAUCUUACAGAGCCCUUCCAACUCAACAUUUUGUGAUUCCAUGAUCUUACAGAGCCCUUCCAGCCCAACCAUUCUAGGAUUCUAAGAACUGAGGAUUUAAUUUGUCUUGCCUUCAUCCCCUUUCAGGCAUAGUGUUGCCUUGGGGUUGUGUCCCCCUUGGCUGUGAUGAAAAAGCUGUAGGAUCAGGGGGCUGGUGUUGGCUGUUGUCACCUGGAGCAAGGAGAGGAGAUGCUUGAAUGGCUGGGGGAUGGAGAGGUCCAAAACCUUGGGGAUGGAGAGGUCCAAAACCCAAGUAGUGCAGCACAGGUUCAGACCAAUGAGCCAUCUCCCUUUCAGUUCCCACUUUGGCAAGCCCAGCUGGUGACUACUUUGGUGCUCAAAGCCACGAAUUUGGCAGCUCCAUCACAAAGACAGCCCCAUGUCCUACCCUGGUGACUCAGAUGGAAAGGUGGCCGCCGGUCUGUCAUUUGUUGCCGCUCUGUAAUCAGCACGGGGCCAGUGAUUAAGUGCUGUGCAGAGUCUUGAUUGAGGUGAUGAGUUAGGGUGGAUGCCUCUUGAUGAACUGUCGAGUCUGUGCAGCCAAUUAGUAAUCGCUUCCUGUUGAACGCUUCGGAAUGUGCACGCUGCUUGCAGCUUUGCUUGGAGCCUGCGAAGUAAUUCAUGUACACUGAUUCCUUCUUCUUUCCCUCUGUUACAGCAGGUUGUCCAGACUCUGUGCCUUCCUCCACUGAAACAGGGGGAACUAAUUGUCUAGCCCCUGGGGGGCUCUCAGAUUCCCAAGUUCUACAGGAGUCAGGGGAUAACUCACACUGGUGCGUGGUGGCAUACUGGGAAGAGAAGACACGCGUGGGUCGGCUGUAUUCUGUCCAAGAGCCCUCCCUGGAUAUCUUCUAUGAUCUACCUCAGGGGAAUGGCUUCUGCCUCGGGCAGCUCAACUCGGACAACAGAAGCCAGCUGGUGCAGAAGGUGCGCAGCAAGAUCGGGUACGGCAUCCAGCUCACCAAGGAGGUGGACGGCGUGUGGGUCUACAACCGCAGCAGCUACCCCAUCUUCAUCAAGUCGGCCACACUGGACAACCCCGACUCCAGGACGUUGCUGGUGCACAAAGUGUUCCCGGGUUUUUCCAUCAAGGCUUUCGAUUACGAGAAGGCGUACAGCCUGCAGAGGCCGAACGACCACGAGUUCAUGCAGCAGCCGUGGACUGGAUUUACCGUGCAGAUCAGCUUUGUGAAGGGCUGGGGCCAGUGCUACACCAGACAGUUCAUCAGCAGCUGCCCGUGCUGGUUAGAGGUUAUUUUUAAUAACCGAUGACAUGAGACGGAGCGGACUCACGACAUUUAUACUACUUUGCUGCUAUUACUUCCUUCUGAGUGCUUGCUUUUCAUGCAACCUUUUUGUUUUUGUUUCGUUUUGUUUGUUGUUUUUUUUUUGGUGUUUUUUUUUUUCCCCCCUAUUUUGAGAAAUAGCUUAUGGAAAGAUUUUCGCCUGGGUAUUUUGAUAAAUAGAUCUAUUUUUUGAAAGUGCGAACGACCAAUAACUCGAGAGGAGGGCGCGUGGGGCAGGGAGAGAUCGCAUACGAUUAUCAUUUCCCACUUCCCAAAGGAUUGUUCUAUGUGAUGGAUGGGUCGGGAGCCACUUGCUCUUGGGCAGCGUGAGGGGAUCCUUAUAUUUUUCACGCCUCCUAGUCCCAGUGCUGGUGGCACCCGACCAGUACCCCUCCCCAGCAGUGCUAACCCAACGUAGCCCCACCAAUGGUGCACAAACUUCCCACCAGGUCUUACUCCACCCGUGUGGUUUUUGCCAUUGGAUUUUGCCAUUGGGCUGUUGCUGUUGUUGGGUUCACCUCCCGCCCGUCCUUCCCAUCCGCCCAUCUUUCCGCAGCGUUUUUCCUGUCAUCAUGGAUUGAUACAAGGGGAGAAAAUGGCGAUGAAGAAACUGUGCGUGGCCCGUGCUUUGCGGUCGGAGCUGAGAUGUGACGUAAGCCUAGGAGAAGAAACAAACAGACAAACAAACAAAAAAAGAAACAAGCAGCAAAACAAAACAAAAACAAAACAAAAAAAUGGGGAAUAAAAAAGUGUUGAGGAUAGUUGGUCUGUCGGAACCUGUUGGAUCAGGUUGCCCCAGCACCAUCGUAUCUGGAGACGCCGUUGUGCUUUCAUUUCUUCUUGAAUUCAUACACACGUAUGAUACUUUUACACUGUUCUUAGCUCAAUGAGCAUGUUUAGACCUUAACAUAAGCUAUUUUUCUAAAUACAAAGGUUUAAAUGAACAAGAGAGCAUUCUCAUCGGAACUUUGGCAUCGUAGUGCUUUGGAAAGAAAACACACACACAAAAAAAGGACUCCUUGAAAAAAACCUGAGAUUUAUUAAAGAAAAAAAAAAUGUAUUUUAUGUUAUAUAUAGAUAUAUUAUUACUUGUAAAUACAAAGACGUUUUAUAAGCAUCAUUAUUUAUGUAUUGUGCAAUGUGUAUAAACGAGAAGAAUAAGAAAA